AUGAAAUGGGAGAAGUUAAAGCCUCCGGAGCCAGAUGAUCCGAUGUGUUGCUGUGAGUGUGAUAUCGAACAGUACGGAUGUUGCUGUGACUGUGAAGAUCUGGAUGAAGCCUUUAACAGGUGGCUGAAAGACAGACCACCUAAAGGGGGAUGUCAGUUUCCUGUGCUUGUGGCCAUAAUUGACAAACUGGAGAUCUCCAUGAUCCCGGCCCUGGUGCUGCUCCCUCUCCUGCUGCGGGUUGCAUCGCUGCACUACCUGCUGGGUAUCAUCAUCCUGACAGCUCUGCCCGGCCUGGUGCUGUGGUACUACUACGCCACGCACAGAAAGAAGAGACGCACCCUCUUCUUCCUCACCCUUGCUCUCUUCUCCCUGCUCUACAUGUAUUACCUCUUCAUCACAGAGAUUUUACCUUGUGGAGACGUCAGCCAGCUGCAGGUGUGUACUGUGACCACAGGAGUGAUUCUCACUCUCCUCUCUCUUAUUCACACCAAGAGAGGCCCGGGAUUAGUGACCACUUCCCUACGUGAAGCACACAGUCACAGUCAGGAGGUGAACAAGGACUCCACACUCCUUAAUGGAUGUAACCAAUCAGCAGCUUCCUCUGGGAUCGCAGCAGGACUGCAGACAACGAAAAAUGACCUGACAGCAAAAUGGAGCAGCUGCCCUGUAUGCAAAAUAAAGCGACCCCCACGGGCCGGACACUGUCGAACCUGUGGAUCCUGUGUUCAGCGUCUGGACCACCACUGUAUCUGGAUAAACAGCUGUGUUGGACAGGCAAACCAUCGCAGUUUUCUGCUGACCCUCUCUGUGUUCGUGCUGACCUCUCUGUAUGGGAUCAGCUUGGUGCUAUACAGCCUCUGUCCUCGACAGUAUCUAAUGACGGCUCUGCUCUACUGCCCCGGCGUCUACAGUCAGUCCAGCAUGGCACUUUGCUUCACCUGUGCUUGGUACAGCAGCAUUGUCACAGGUGGACUGCUUUACCUCUUGUUGGUGCAAGUUCUGAAUAUCAGCUUCAAUGUGACGGAGCGGGAGGCUCAGCUGGCUCUGAGGAACAAAACGUGCCAGAGGCGCCUGUGGGGACUCGUCAUCGCCACAGGAGAGUAUUCACGUGGCUUCUGUCAGAACUGGGUUGAGUUCAUCACCAUGGCAGAUGCCUCGGUUUCUCCCCGCUCCAGCCUCACUGACUUGGUCUAGUCUCACUUUGUAGUCAAUUGUAACAUUAUGAUGACAGACUGUACAGCAUGUGUGAAGAAUUGCGUCUCAUGUAUUUCUUAGGAUAUAUCAGCUGAUGUCUUCCAAUGCUUAUUGCAUUCCAGCCUCUUCAUGCAAUACAUUAAGAUUAUAGGGUAAAGAUUUUGACUAAUAGAUACCAUCAUGAAACUUCCUCAGUCGAUUACUUAAAUUAAAACUGUUUUUUUUGUCUUACAUGAUUUCUGUAAGACAAACAGAGUUGUCGCACAAUUUAUUCAAAGAAACACCAUACAGGCAUGAAUCUGCAGGCGCUGCCAUGUUACUGUGCAUAUUUUC